UUCUACACCCAGACCAAGAUCUCCCUACUCCUGCGUCAUCGACCUCGCUGCAGAAGUCUGCGCCUCACCGUGCUCUGACUGUUGUGGUUCCACUUGGCCCAGCUAGAGAGCGCAACAAGAAGCUGUACCAGUGGGGCCAGGGGUUGCUACAUCAUCAGACUCGCCUCCGCUUACUCCUGCGGCAUUGACGACGGGUCUUUCUACCACGACCGAGAGGACGACUACUCCCAUCCGGCGCAGUGGUCGUCACAUCUCAUCCGCUGGAUGAGAACUCUCUCUCCAAGGCAAUGCGUGGAGCGUAACCUUGAGUCACCGAUAGUGCAUAGAGGUACCCCGCAGCCAAUCCGCCGUUCUUAAUUUACGCCAACACUUGAGCACCGUCAAUCGCAUCGACCACAUGGCAGACCAAGAGCCGGAGAGGCCAAGCAAGUGUUGGGUAAUCUUGUCUAGGUUUGCGUCGUAGCAGUACGUGUCCUGGGUGUAGAGUCCUAGUAGUAGUCAGAUUCGGCAUUGUUAGUACUCCCUCCGUCUCAAAAUUCUUAUUUUAAAUUUGUCUAAAUAUGGAUGUAUCAAGUCACGUUUUAAUAUACAUCCGUAUUUAGACAAAUUUAAGACAAGAAUUUUGAUAAGGAGGGAGUACGUAGUCAAAUUAGUAUUGCAAGGAGGUGGUAACCGUGUUAGCUGUCUACGUAUAGGGAAAGGACUUUGCUAGUCGGUUGGUAGUUGCAUAUAAACCCUGCGUGAAGAUUGAACCGCUGGAGUUGAGAAAAGGAGAAAAUAUAAAGAGAAGAACAAGUAGGCGAGUUCCAACUUCCAACAGCAAGAAGGAGCGCAGGUCGUCGCCGCCACCGGCCAUGGGCUCCGACGGCCUGACUGCGUUCGCGCUCCGCCUGGCCAAGAAGCUCGGCGAGGGAGACAACACCAGGGGCAGCAACAUCGCCUUCUCGCCGCUGUCCCUCUACACCACGCUCGGCCUGGUGGCCGCCGGAGCCUGCGGCAGAACUCUGGAUGAGCUCCUAGCCCUGCUCGGUGCCGCGUCGGCCGACGAGCUCGCCGGGUUCGUGCACGGCCUCCCCUCCGACCCGUCCGGCUCCGGUGGGCCUGUCAUCACCUACACCUACGGUGUAUUUCACCAGGAACACAUGGAGCUCACGCCGGACUUCCUCCACACCGCCACCGAGUCCUACAAGGCAGAGAUACGCGCCGUCGACUUCGCUGAGGAUGAGGUCAGGGAGGAGACCAGGAAGGAGAUCAACCAGUGGGCGGCGGCGGAGACGAACAAUCUCAUCUGGGAGUUCCUGCCGGAGGGUUCAUUGACCGACCACUCGAGGUUCGUGCUCACCAACGCCAUCUACUUCAAGGGCGCGUGGGAGACCCGCUUCCCAGAGAACCUCACCGAGGACCAUGAGUUCCACCGCCUCGACGGCGCCGACCCCGUCGACGUCCCCUUCAUGACCCUGCCGGGAACAUGCGAGCUCUUCGUCUCAUACAAUGAAGGCUUCAAGGUGCUCAAGCUCCCCUACAAGGCCGGUGAUGAUGCCAUGUCGCGGUACUCCAUGUGCGUCUUCCUCCCGGACGAGGACGACGGGCUGCACGCCAUGGUCAGCACUCUUGCGGAUAUGGGUGGCUCCCUGCUUGACCACGUGCCGAAGCUCCGAAGCAGAGUGAGGGAGCUUAUGCUGCCCAAGUUCAAGCUGUCAUUCUUUUGUCGUCUCGCCCAAGUCCUUCGAGGCCUAGGGCUUCGGGAGGCGUUCACCGAGGAGGCCGCCGACCUGUCUGGCAUCAUGGACAAGAGCGUCUGUGACGUGCGCUUGGACGAGGUGUUCCACAAGGCCGUCGUCGAGGUGAAUGAGGAGGGCACCGUGGCGGCUGCCUGCGCCGCCGUCAUCGGCCGCAAGAAGAAAUGUGCAAUGAGGUUGGAGUUCAUCGCCGACCACCCUUUUGCGUUUUAUAUCGUGGAGGAGGUCUCAGGGGCCGUGGUCUUUGCCGGUCAUGUACUGGACCCUUCUAGCUCACCGUAAUAAUCAGCUGUAGUAGUAAUCUUCUGUAUCUAAAUAGUUAGUCCCCACUAUCCUAUUUCUCUCAACAUGCAAGCAUGACACCUCAUCAAGCAACAUGCAUUAGAAAAGACCCACUUCAACAUUCAAUGAGCCAUAGAAAAAUAUUCACUUC